GGAGGCAGAAUCUACCUCUUAGCGUCUUCGUUUUCAAAAGCGAAAUGCCCGUACUUCUGAUGUCCUAACAAUAUAAGAGAUCAAAAACACUGUGACGUGAUUGGCCUUAAGGUAUUUGACAUACAGAGGUGCUUGUUUUCUGGAAACAGUGCAUAUGAGAGAGCACAGUCAUUGCAUAGGUUUAACGCCUAUUUCGGUCAUUUAUGGUUAUUUAAGAGGGGGGACCUCCGAGUAAAAUGUCUAUCUCCCUUAUGUCUGAGUGAAAUGGGCGGAGAGGCUCCCUAAAACAACUUAUGUUCAAAUCGCCGAGUUAGGGAUUCGAACUAGGGGGCUUUCACUCCGCAGUCCAGCAUGAUUCCAACUGUACGAGCUAUGCUCCUCCAUUGCACUUUGUGCCACCGUCCCCGCACAAGUUUUAUUUCAACUGUGCAGCUGUUGUUACCGUACCAGUAUUUAAGCUUGAAGACGUAUGGAAAACCGGUGUUUUACCUAAGCAGUCAGGAUAAGUAAGAAGGUCCCAGUAUGUGUAUAGUUAGAGACAUUCCCAGUGAUCACCGCCUCGUUUCUGUGUGUUCCAACAUAUCGAAUUAUUCGGCGCGAAAUCCAGGAAUUCCGGCCUAGAACAGUGAGGCUGUCGGGUACCUAAUGACUGUAGACAUCCUGGAAUUUCUGGCUAUGUGUCAAGACGAUAUUUCUAUGGGAGAAUUAGCUAGGUCUUCUUACAACCUAAGCUCAGUUGAUAUCGAGCUAUACUUUGGUACAGAUAACCUUGGUUCGAAUCGUUAGUGUUUUGGGGGUUUCUUAGGUUGUCUGCCCUUUUCGUCUCAUUCCUAUAAAUGAUGGACUUUACGUUCGAAAGUCCCAACUCGUUGAUAACCCUACACUGUUGAAUCGCAUUGGUCGCCGACAACCCAAGAACACGAUUGCUCUUACAGUAGUUUAGAGGUACAGUCGACAACGGAUGAGUUGAUGUCAUCGGGGAGUGAAUAUUAGGUCAACCCAUCUGAAGUUCAACUUAAUCAUUGGGAACUGUAAAUAAGAAGAGGUGCUGGUACCCGAGAAAAAGUUCAUCUCAACAGAAGAUCAACUCAUUACUCAACCAUGGGCCCGCUGUGUCUAGCGGCUGCCCAGUAGUGGUCAACGAGUGAAGAACUCAACCUCUCCCCGAGGUCUGGACAUUCCAGGGAGGACUGACGUCAGGAACCCUCUCCUCCCUCCCUCAUUCCCUCCUUCCUUCACCUCUAAAGGAAAGAACAUUCCAAAACCAGGCAGACUCUCACACUCAACCUCGGAGAGGCGUCUGCGAAGUUAACAAGUCUCAAAUUGCAACAGCCAUUUCCCACAACCAAAGCGAAAAAAAAUCCCAACAUUCUCACCCAAAAGCGGACGAAGCUUUUUGAAGAAUAGGCUCUAUCCCCUUCCCUGCAGCGCUUGGAAGUAUCAAGUGACCACCACAGUCGUUGGCUCCUUCUUAUCAAAUUCCAGCUCCACACGUGUUUGACCGAAGGUCAUUUCGCAUUUGUGUUUAUACAGAAUCAGAAUCAGGUCUUUCUUCAGUGCCUACGCCCGUCAACUGUCCAGAUUUAAUCGACGCUGCCGCACCAGAGCAUCUGAGUGAGCGCUUGAGUGACAGACGCUCAGAAAUCUGAGUCCUUUCAGCGAUUAGGAAUCCUGAGAGUGGAGUGAAGUAGAGCGCGUCUCACGCCGUUUAUCUUUCAUCAUACCCCAUCUCUGUACACGUGGGGCUGCGACUGUUGCAGUGUUUGUUAGCCUGGGUACUUCUCACUCACUAACGCCUACCCCCCGCCUGAGUUCACGUACGCACUGACGCGCAAACGUACAAACAAACACAUAUCUCCUGGGUUUUCGUGCGUGGCACUGUGUGGAGGAGUGAGUAAGUAAACAAGAGACAAGAGUUGUCAAGCAUUUUGUGGUCGGCAGGAGAUGUGACCAAGCUGGAAAGCACGCGCGUUUGGGGUUCCAUUCUCGCCCGAAACGAUAGAAGCUCUCGCAGAUACCGCGUCACGUGACUGCAGGAGAUCGCCGGUGCUUGCAGAUUGGAGCAACGGCGUGUUUAUGAUGAGCAACUGAAUCUUUGACAAGACAGCUUUUUAAGGAUAGUAUAUUUUGACCCUGCAAUUUCAAGCUGCAUCUUUCAAAGAGAGACUGGAUUAGCAGGCAGGCUCUUGCUAUUCAAGCCCAAGUUUGUGGAUUUAUGUGAGAGAACAGUUAUUGGAUUAUUGUUCAGAAAUUGAAGUCGGAUAACGUCUUGAACUGAGGUGGAUUGCAUCACUUUGACCAGUCCUGGUCAUGGUGUAAGCAUCUAGCCUCCUAGUGAGAGUGCUGCCCCCCGCCUCCUCCCCGCCCCGCCCCGCCCCCUUGCCAUCAUGUGGUGGGGAUCCCAGUUCUACUAUGCCCUGCUCGGCCUAGUGGCCGCUGCUGCCUUGCAGCUCGACUCUGCACAUGCUUCAGGGGCCGCUGACGUGCCGGUGCACGGUAACGAAACGUUUGCGUUUCGUGAGCUAGUUGUUCAGAGUCAGAGUCCUCCAAAGAUCACAUUGGCGCCGCGAGACAAGAAAGUCCUGGAAGAGGGCACCGUCAGCUUCUUCUGUCGCGCUUCGGGCAACCCCGCGCCCUCGUUCCACUGGGAGCGUCUCGGGAAGAGAGUCAAUGCCAGGAGGAACCGUUUCGAAGUGAUCGAGGCCCCGCACAUUUCUGUGCUGCGGAUCAAGCCAGUCAAGGCUAACAAGGAUAACUCCACGUUCACCUGCGUGGCCAAUAAUGGAUUAGGCGAAGCCCGGGCGGAUGCCCAGCUCAAGGUCAUUCGGAAAGUGGACGGGAGAGAUGGUGAGUUUUUUGUUGUUUAACCUACCUCUUUUUUCAUGGGGGGAGAGGGGGGGGGAGAGGCUUUUGUGAUUUUGGGGUCUAGUUCGUCACUCACCUCAUAUCUUAUAAUCCACUUCUCAUUCACAGCGCAAGUAUAUGUUUAUAUAGAAUUAAUCAGAACUCCCCCCCCCCCCAAUGGCCACGAGGGCUAAACUAUUUGUUUUAAAGUUGCCUAGUCAAGAAACGAACGACUUUUUCUGAAGAACAAGGGCUACUUUCGGCUUCUUUGACCCCUCUUGAUGACGUCCACUAUGCCUUUCACCGAGAAUUUUAAAUUUUGAAAAAAAAACACAUUCUUAAUUGCUAAAGACGUGCAACGUUGAAUGCAACUGUGGUGAUUUAAUUCAAUUGAAUGAACGAAACCCGUAGCAUUAAAAAGUUUCAAUAUUGUUAUACCCAUGUGCCAGUGGUACCAUGCAACGUGGCAAAGUUGAUGUUUAAACAAGUGUAUAUAUUAUGAUCAUUUCAGACUGUAAGAGUAACAGCCAGAAAAGACAAACAAACGCAACGAAGAACAAAUCAGAAAAUGAAAUAAUCAAAUCAAGUUUAAAAAAAAUUAGUAUAGGAAUUUAACAAAACGAAGCAA